UUGUUGGGAGGAUAACUCUUGAGGACUCGAAAAGGUUCUUUCACGUCAAAAUAAUGGAGGAACACCUUCUUGUUAUAUAUAUAAAAAAAAAGGUAAUUUUGAAAAAAAAAGAGGGAAAUAUUUAUUUUUUCUGUUUUAAUUUUUCAAAGAUGUCGUGCGAAUUUGUGACCCAACACCAACGGCAAGGCCCGUUAUCUCUUCAAGAUCGGUGCUAAUCGGCUAAACCAAAAGAAGCCUCUCAAAAACCAUUAGAAAGGAAACCAAAUGCCUGCAGCAAUAACGCUACCCAGUUACCACCACCACUGUCAGAAGCUGAGCCACCAUAUAUCCGCCUCAAUAGUUGCGAUCUCAACUAUCAAGAGAACAAUGGUCACCACCAGCAGCAGCAGCAGCAGCAGUAGCAGUGCCGGUGCUUACACGACGAUCAAAGAGAGAGUCACUUUCGAAAAAGAAAUCAAAAAGAGCAAAUUCAUCGCCAUUGCUGGUCCUAUCUCCGACGAACAAUCCGCCUUCUCCUUUCUCUCUCAGGUUAGAGAUCCACGCGCCACUCAUAAUUGUUGGGCUUAUAAGUUUGGAGAUCAAUUUCGGUCUAAUGAUGAUGGUGAACCAUCAGGCACUGCUGGAAAACCAAUACAAUCUGCUAUUGAUUCUUCUGGAAUUGAUAGAGUUAUGGUUGUAGUGAUAAGGUAUUUUGGGGGUAUCAAAUUAGGCACUGGAGGAUUGGUCAGGGCUUAUGGAGGAGUUGCAUCAGAAUGCUUGAGAAAUGCCCCAACUUGUCUUGUUAAAACUAAGGUAGCAAUGGGCGUGGAGGUUCCGUUUGAUCUCAUAGGAAUUUUGCACCAUCAGCUACAAUCUUUUCAAGUUGAGAACAUCAGGCAGGAUUAUGAGACCGGUAAAGAUGGCAUCGCCAUUGUUUCUUUCAAAGUUGAUUAUGACCAGGUUGAGCAAUUGGAGGAUGCUAUAAAAUCUAACUGUAGUCGAGAACUUGUAUUCUAUAAGAGGUGAGAGAGACUUAGAUGUUAAGCAUACAUUGAACAGACAUUGUUGAAUGUGAUGAGUAGUAUGUAUGCUCCUACACCACUUUUGAAGCAAAUCAUGUCCUUUGUAUAGUAAAAGGUUAGAUGUAAAUCUAAAGUUAGUCUUCUUUUUGUUUAUUAAACAAUUAAUUUUUGGCAGCUAUAGACGAAGCACUAUUGAGUUGCUUAAUAUAAGCUUGUUUUUAUUGAGAUUC